AAGUGCCACUGGUGAACUUCUCACGAGCACUAGACAUGCAGGCCCAACGGAACUUGGAAGAACUAAACGGAUUCAUCUCAGCCAACCUACCACACAUACCGCUAUUACCAACUGAGAAAUUUCAAGCUGGCGGAGACAACAUCCACUGGACAACCAACACAGCCAAAGAUAUGCUCCAGCACUGGUGCCAGCAUUUAAACUAGGAGACCCCACAAGCCCAAAUAUCUCCAGGGAGGGGGCAUCCAACAUAGUCAAUCUAUGUAAAUACUUCACACCAACAGAGAGUCAAAACAGCCUUUUGAGCAAAGGCCUCUCCUUCAUACCCACACCGCAAACUAAAGCAAAACAGAAGCAGACACUGCGAGCAGAAAGCUCGCUUCCACCUCUAUGAUCAAUACGUUUACUGCGAUGGCUGGCUGAAGCGCUAUACUUAUCAUCAUCCCCCUCUAUACUGACCAUGUUCCACACCAUUUCAAGCUCUGAAUAUCUGACAAGCAAAUAUUCAUCCAGUUUAUUUUUUUUUUUAGUUGCAUAAAAAAUACUCAGCUAGUGUCUGGAAUGUUUGUGAUUCUUGGAAAUAAUUUCAAUAAUCUGCUGUACUUUACAGGCUACAACACUAACCAGGUCAAUCGAAGCGAAAUCUCAUAAGAAAUGACUGGACCGGCUACAGUGUACAGCGAGAAGGUUUCUUGUGUCUCUCUCAGGAGCUGGGAGGGUUCAAUGAAGUAACCCUGGGAGAAGCAGGUGCAGUUUCCUGUGAAGUCGCUGCGCUCUGCUCUUAUAUAUAAACCAGCUGGCUCUGCUCUGCUGGUUAUUUGUGACUUUCUUUCUGAAGGGCAGAUGUGGUGAGGGGGAGUAACCGUGGCGACGGCGGGCAAAGGAAGCAGAUCUUGGAGGGGUUAGGGUUCUAGUCCCUGUGUGGGAGGGAUGGAGCUGCUCGGCUCUGUACAGACUCUAUAAGAGAGAGAGAGGCAGGACGAGACUCGCAUACACCUGGAUCUGAAGAGAGAGACGCUGCCUGAGCCCCUGCAGAGACACAGACACACACAGCCAGGAUGCCAGCCUCCGUGUCUCUCCUCCUCCUCCUCUUCUUUGCUCUCGUCCUGUCUCGCUCCUCCUCUCUGCGCUUGUGUGAGCCGGUGAAUGAGACGAUCUCUGCAGAGAAGGAGGAAUGUCCAAAGUGCCUCCUCAUCCAGACCUCUAUCUGCAGCGGGUCCUGUCCCACCAAGGACCCUGUAUUCAAAUCCGCUCUCUCCACGGUCCAGCAGCAUGUCUGCACCUAUAAGGAUCUUCGCUUCGUGACGGUGACCCUGCCGGACUGCCCCCCCGGCGUGGACCCCCACUUCACCUUCCCGCUGGCGCUGAGCUGCGAGUGCAGCCUGUGCAGAAUGGAGUCCUCGGACUGUACCAUUCAGAGUGUGGGGCCGUCCGACUGCAUGAGCGGGGAGCUCGCCAUACAGAACUACUGACACUCCCUCCCCCGCACCCCUCCC